AUGAUGCAAAUUUGCGACACCUACAACCAGAAGCACUCGCUCUUUAACGCCAUGAAUCGCUUCAUCGGCGCCGUGAACAACAUGGACCAGACGGUGAUGGUGCCCAGUCUGCUGCGCGACGUGCCGCUGGCCGAGCCCGAGCUGGACAACGACGUCGGCGUGGAGGUAGGCGGCAGCGGCGGCUGCCUGGAGGAGCGCACGCCCCCGGCCCCCAGCCCGGGCAGCGCCAAUGGCAGCUUUUUCGCGCCCACCCGGGACAUGUACAGCCACUACGUGCUGCUCAAGUCCAUCCGCAACGACAUCGAGUGGGGAGUCCUACACCAGCCGCCUGCGGCGGGGAGCGAGGAGGGGAGCGCCUGGAAGUCCAAGGACAUCCUGGUGGACCUGAGCAACCUGGAGGGCGCGGACGCCGGCGAGGAGGACCUGGAACAGCAGUUCCACUACCACCUGCGAGGGCUGCACACUGUGCUCUCCAAACUCACGCGCAAAGCCAACAUCCUCACUAACAGAUACAAGCAGGAGAUCGGCUUCAGCAAUUGGGGGCACUGA